UUUCAAAAUAAAUCGAUACAUAUUACAAACUAAUUCUAUUCCGAUUAAAUGUAAUUUCUCUUUCUAAAGACUACUAUUAUAAAAAAUUCUGACUCCAAACAUGUCACUUUCAAGUGUAUCUUGUGUUUCAAUAUGAGUUUUAUUGUUGUAUUUCGUUGAGACGUAAUGUAUUUAAUUGUUUGUACUUCGGUAACGCUUGAGCGGUUUUUAAAGCCGGAUAUGUUGUGUUCUAUUGAUCGAAUCUCAUCGUAAUGGACCUGUCCCCGGACGAGGACCACUUCCAAGGCCGUCUGCUGCACCAGGCUGCACUAUGGGACAACGUGGAGCUCCUGCAGGAGCUGAUAGCGUCGGGCGCGGAGGUGGACGCGCGGGACGCGAGCCUGCGCAGCGCUGUGCACGCGGCGGCGCUGGCCGAGCGCAGCCGCUGCCUCGCCGCGCUGUGUGCUGCCGGCGCUGACCUCGACGCCGUGUCCGAUGCCGCCACUGGUGGGAAGACGGCGCUGCACAUCGCGGCGGAGCGCGGCCACGUGGAGAACGUGCGCACGCUGGUGGCGGGCGGCGCGGCGCUGACCGUGGCCGACGCCGGCGGCGCCACGCCGCUCGCGCUCGCCGACCGCCACGGCCACCGCCACGCCGCGCGCGCCCUCCGCGACGCCAUAGUGAUUCUCGCCAGCUGUGAUCUAAAGUCGCACUCGCUACUAUUUGCUAUUGAAUGUGAAAUAUCUAACAUGAUUUUUUAUGAUCACUGUACCAAAAUGCUACAGCGAUUCCGUAAAAAGAAAUAUGCGCGCGCACGACAGCGGCAAGUGCGUACGAGUCUGCGGUAUGCGCACGAGCAGGAGGAAGCGGAAGUGGCGUACGACGCCGCGCAUUAUUUUCUGGAUGAUGUCGCGGACCCGUGGAAGGGUGAAGACGCGCAGGAGCGCGAGCGUCUCUCCCACCAUUCGCAGCUGCGCGAGCUCGUGUCCCGCGGGGAGACGCACCAGCUCAAAACCAAGCUGGCCUCCCUCGGCAGCUCCGCGGGCCUCAUCGUCAACAUGACCCCCGGCGGCGCCAACACGCUGCUCUACACUGCGUCAGAGGCGGGCGUGACGUCAACAGCGGCAGCGCUGCUGGAGGCCGGCGCGGACGGCCGCGCUCACCCCGUCACCAAGUACUGCCCGCUCUACAUCGCCAGCUACCACGGCCACCUCGACGUCGCCAAGCUGCUGCUUGCGCACUUCCCGGAAGCUGUCCAGCAAGAGACAGUGGAGAAGUGGCUGCCGCUGCACGCGGCGUGCAUUGGGGGCCACGCGGCGAUGGUGACGCUGCUGCUCGAGUACCCGUACCCGGACACUGUGCUCAGCACCUACACCGACCCGUCCGGCCAGUGGCAGUACACGUUCGCGUUCGACGUGAACGCGCGAGACGUGAGCGGCCAGAGCGCGCUGUACGUGGCGUGCUCGCUCGGCAACCUCGCCGUCGUGGACGCGCUGCUGGCGCACAGCGUGGCCGCGCGGCCGCAGGUACAGUACACUACAGUACAGUACAGUACGGUACAGUACAGUACAGUGAGCGGCCAGAGCGCGCUGUACGUGGCGUGCUCGCUCGGCAACCUCGCCGUCGUGGACGCGCUGCUGGCGCACAGCGUGGCCGCGCGGCCGCAGAGCGCGCUGUACGUGGCGUGCUCGCUCGGCAACCUCGCCGUCGUGGACGCGCUGCUGGCGCACAGCGUGGCCGCGCGGCCGCAGGUACAGUACACUACAGUACAGUACAGUACGGUACAGUACAGUGAGCGGCCAGAGCGCGCUGUACGUGGCGUGCUCGCUCGGCAACCUCGCCGUCGUGGACGCGCUGCUGGCGCACAGCGUGGCCGCGCGGCCGCAGUGAGCGGCCAGAGCGCGCUGUACGUGGCGUGCUCGCUCGGCAACCUCGCCGUCGUGGACGCGCUGCUGGCGCACAGCGUGGCCGCGCGGCCGCAGUCGCCGCAGUGCGCGGAGCCGGGCGCGGCCACUAGUCCGCAGCCGGUGACGAGCCCGCACCGCGCCGGCAUCUCGCUCGGCAUACACGCCAUCGUCAGCAAACUCACCGGCGGUAACAAGGAAACGGGUACAGCGGAGCGGCGCGUGCGACCAGUACAGCUGGACGGGGGUCGGCCCGGCGACAGCUGCGUGGGCUGCGUGGCCCGCAGCGGCCGCGUGCGCCUUCUACGCCGCCUGCUGGCCGCCGGGGCUUGUCCGGACGCACCGUCGUUACCUCCACCAGACCAGAGCGUGUCCCCGCGCGAGAGCCGGCGCCGGUCGCGCAGCGCGUGCGCAGCGCCGGCGCGCGCCCUGGCGGCGGCGCCCGCCUCCGCCUCGGCCUCGCCCUCGCCCUCGCCCGCCCGCGGCCUCACGCCCGACCGCGAAGGUCCGUGGACGGCGCUGGCGGUGGCGGCGCGCGCGAAGGACGUGCAGGUGGUGGAGACGCUGGUGGCGGCGGGCGCCGGCGACCCGCUCGGCCGCGCCACGCGCGAGUGCGCCCGCCACGGGCUCGUCGACCUGCUCGACAAGCUGCUCGCCACUAAGGCAUACCCGGACCCGGACUACAAGUUGAACAAGUCAGCGAUGUCGGAGACGGUGUUCAGCAGCCGCGAGUCAGACUCGACGCUGACGUACAGCGCGCUGUGCCCCACCACGCCCGUCAUGGUCAACUGGAGGGAGCUGAAGUGCCAGCUCGCGAGUAUACGCAUGUCGUGGCUGCGCACGGCGGCGCUGCGCGUGAACAGCAAGCUGCACUGCGGCCGCGCCGCCCUGCGCGCCCUCACGCGGCUCGAGCUGGCCAACAACGAGCUGCGCCUGCUGCCGCCCGAGCUCUUCACCCUCGCCAGCCUCAGGUACCUGAACGCGGCUCAGAACAAGCUGGAACGUCUUCCGACCAGUGCGGAUCCGUUUGAAGAGGACGGCAGCAAGCGGCGAGGCAAGAAGAAGCACCCGGAGGUGUACACCGCGCCUGUCUUGCAGGAGCUGUACUUGCAGGACAACCGGCUGGAGGAGGUGCCGGGCGAGCUGUUCUCGCUGCCGGCGCUGAGCACGCUGGACGUGUCCAACAACAAGCUGCGCGCGCUGCCGCCGCAGCUGUGGACGGCGCCCGCGCUCACCGACCUCAACGCUGCGCUCAACCUGCUGCGCGACCUGCCGCACGGCGACCAGCCGCCGGCGGAAUGCUGGAGCCCGCCGCAGCUGGCCUCACCGUCCCCGUCCUCGCAGACGAGCACCUCCUCCGCAUCAGCGUUCAACUUCACACAAUCCAAGUCGUCUACGCGGAGUCCAUCGAUCGAGAGUAACGAGUCCGAGUCGCCCCCGCAAGAGGAGGAGGACGGUGUGAUUGUAAUUGGAAACCGUGCGGGGAACGCCGUCUGGUCGGAGGCGCGGCGCGUGCACGAGUGGCGCGGCGCGGUGUCGGCGGCGGCGGCGGCGGCGGCGGCGGCGGCGGCGGCGGGCGGCGCGGCGGGCGACGUGCAGGGCGGCGCGUGUCGGCUGGCGGCGCUGAACCUGUCGCACAACCAGUUCACGUGCGUGCCGCCCGCGCUGGCCUGCCGCGCGCCCGGCCUCGCGCGCCUCAACAUGGCCUACAACUCGCUCAGAUCGAUGUCAUACGUGACGUCGUACCCGACCAACCUCCGCCAGUUGGACCUCAGCCACAACGAAAUCACUUGUUGGCCCAGUUUGCCGCAGGUAGAGAACUUUGGGUCAACUGAAGGCGAUCCCCUGGCGUGCUACUGCCCCAACUCCUCAAAUUCCAACAGCGCCAAGACCAGACCGAGGUCCGGGGGCUCGGUGCGGUCGCAGCUGCUGAACGCCGCCUGUCCAGCUAGGAGACACCUACGGCUGGAGGGCCUCAGGACACUGAUCCUGGCCAACAACCUGCUGAGCCGCAUCCAGCUGACGACGGAUGACGACGGGCAGCUGUCCGCGCCGCUCGACGCGCCCGCCGAGGACCAGAACGACGACUGGAACAACGGGUCGAGCCUCAAGGGUCGGCUGCUGUUCCCGUUGCUGUCGAUGCUGGACGUGUCGUGCAACCUGCUGCGCGCCAUCCCCCCCGCCAUACACGAGCUCACCAACCUGUCCGUGCUCAACAUCAGCGGGAACAAAGACAUCACGGAGCUGCCGCCGCAGCUGGGGCUGCUGUCGCGGCUGUGGAACCUGAACACGGCGGGCUGCUCGCUGCAGGAGCCGCUGCGCUCCAUGCUUGCCAGCGGCAAGUACAAGAGCAUGGACAUCGUGGGCUACCUCAAGUCCGUGCUGCAGGAGGCGCGGCCCUACACCAGGAUGAAGCUCAUGAUUGUCGGCGUGCAGGGCAUCGGCAAGACGAGCCUGCUGGAGUGUUUGCGGCAGGAGUCCGCCAUACAGCACAGGAGAAAGCCCACCGAGCACUGGGCGAAGCGUAUGGGCAACAAGUCGUCUCGUCGGAAUAUGUCGACAGUGGGCGUGGACAUCGGCACGUGGACGUACGAGAAGCAGCGCUCCACGCGUGGACCCGUCACCUUCAGGACAUGGGACUUUGGGGGGCAGCAGGAGUACUACGCGACCCACCAGUACUUCCUGUCGCGGCGCUCGCUGUACCUGUGCGUGUGGCGCUGCACGGACGGCCGCCGGGGGCUCGCCGGCGCCCUGCAGUGGCUCAGAUCCAUACAAGCUCGUGCUCCGGGCUCGCCCGUUAUUAUGGUCGCCACGCACUAUGACCAAGUGGCUAAUUGCCCCCUGGCGGAGAGCGAGAGCCCGGAGGCGCUGCAGCGGCUCAUCCGCGCCAGCAUCAUGGGCGCGCCCGACGCCGACAAGCUCGGCCUGCCGCGCGUGCUCGACUCGCUCGAGGUGUCGUGCAGCACGCGACACAACAUCCGGCUGCUGGCGGACAUCAUAUACUCGGUCGCGUUCAGCGUCAAGCCGCCAGGCAGCAAGGAGCCGCUGCUGGAGCAGCGCGUGCCGGCCACGUACGUGGCGCUGGAGGAGGCCGUGGUGGCCGUCGCCGCCGACCUGGACGAGCCCGUGCUGCGCCACGACGACUACCGCCGCCUGGUGACCCAGUAUAUGCAGAGUAAGAACCUGCGCAUGUUCCGCGACGCGGCGGAGCUGCACCAGGCCACCAUGUUCCUGCACGAGAACGGCGUGCUGCUGCACUACGACGACGCGACGCUGAAGGAGUUGUACUUCGUGCGGCCGCAGUGGCUGUGCGACCUGCUCGCGCACGUCGUCACCGUCCGCGAGAUCAACCCCUUCGCCAACAACGGCAUGAUGCGCGCGGAGGAGCUGGCGCACGUGUUCAAGGCGUCGCCGGCGCUGGGCGGCGGCGCGGCGGCGGCGGCGCGCGGCGCGGCGCUGCUCAGCAAGUUCGAGCUGGCGCUGUGCUGCGACGCGCGGCUGCUGCUCGUGCCGCCGCUGCUGCCCGCGCGGCCGCCGGCCGCGCCGCAGCUGCCGCUGCGCGGGCGCAGCGCGGCGGCGUGGCGCGGCUGGCCGCCGCCCGCCGCCACCGACUCGCGCCAAACCGACUCGCCCACGCUCAUCAACGACUCGGAGGGCGCGGACUCGGGCGGCGGCGUGUGCCUGCAGGCGCUGCGGCCGCGCGCGCUGCGGCGGCUGCUGCUGCUGUCGUACGUGCCGUGCGGCUACUGGGCGCGGCUGGUGGCGCGGCUGCUGGCCGACCCCACGCUGCCGCAGGCCGCCCGCGCCGUCUACCGCCCGCCCCCGCCGCCGCCCUCGCCACAGCAGACUGAGUCCGAUGAUGCGCUUACCAAGGCGUUGGACCUGAACUGGGGCUGGAAGCUGUGGAAGACAGGCGUGGAGCUGGUGUGCGGCGAGCUGACGCUGCUGUCGCUACGCGAACUACCUCCUGCUCGCGACGCCGUGUUGGGUGCCGUCGGGGACGACGAGGACAGCGACGAGCCCUACCACAAUAUGAAGUUCAGGCUUCAGCAGGAAGGCGUGUGGUGCGACCUUGACGUCCAGGCGUCCACCUGCAUAGAGAUCCUGAUCCCCGCGCAAGUUUGCGUCGUGAAAAGGGAAGAUGGCCUGCCCAUAGCUGGUUACCAGAGCAUCAGCCUGGAGCCGAACCCUGAGACCCUGGCCAAAGUGCUGGCGCUGUUAUCGGACCACGUAGACUUGCUGCUGGAAGACUGGUACCCGUCGCUCGGCACCCGGUUCGUGCACACGUCGGAGGGGCGGUGCCUGAUCACGCGCGUACUGCCGUGCCCCGCCUGCCUGCGGGACGCGGACCAGCAGCACCAGCACCAGGAGCAGCAGCAGCAGCAGGACCGAGAGCACCAGGUCCACGAACAGCUCGACCAGGCGUUGCGGCGGCUGCAGCUGGCGGGCGCCGCCGCUGCCGGUGCUGGCGGCGGGCGGCCGCGCCUGUCGCAGGAGUCGCGCGCCUCGGACGGCGACAGCGGCGUCGGCGCCGAGUCCAACGCGUCGUCCCGGCUGGGCUCCGUGGAGGGCAUGGUGAGCCCGCCCGCCCGCACGGUGUCGUAUGCGUGGAGCGUGGAGGAGGCCAUCCUGCUGGGCUGCACGUCCCGCCCGCUGCACUGCCCGCGCCACGGGGACGUGCGCCAUCGGGACGUCGCGCCAGACAUCGUGCUGCUGGACGUGGAGGAGGAGUGCCGCGCGCGCUGGGAGCACAUCUCGCGCGGCGCGGUGGCGGGCCGCGGCGCGUUCGGCACCGUGCUGGCGGCGGCGUGGCGCCGCGCCGGCGGCGGCGCGCCGCUGCCCGUCGCGCUCAAGGCGCUGCAGCCCGUGCCGCCGCCCGCGCACCACGACGCCGCCGCGCUGCACGCCUACAAGGCGGCGCUGUCGCGGUGGGAGCGCGAGCCGGCGGCGGCGGCGUGCCGCGCGUACUGCGGGCUGCGGCAGGAGCUGAGCAUCCUGCGGCGGCUGCGGCACGCGCACGUGCUGCCGCUGCUGGCCGCGUGCGCCGCGCCGCUGGCGCUGCUGCUGGCGCUCGCGCCGCAGGGGGCGCUGCACGGCGUGCUGCGGGCGUACCGCGGCCGCGGCGCGCGCGUGGCUUCCGGGCGGCGCGCGCUGGCGCUGCAGCUCGCGCGCGCGCUCGAGUACCUGCACGCCAGGCGGAUCGUCUACCGGGACCUGAAGUCGGAGAACGUGCUGGUGUGGAGCAUGCCGACGGCGGCGGACGCGGCGGCGGCCGAGCGCAGUGCUGCCCCCAUACCUGUACACGUCAAGCUCGGCGACUACGGCAUCAGUCGCUUGGCACCGCCGUCAGGCACGAAGGGCUUCGGUGGCACAGAAGGGUUCAUGGCGCCGGAGAUCAUGAGGUACAACGGUGAAGAGGAGUACAACGAAAAGGUGGACUGCUUCUCGUACGGGAUGCUGCUGUACGAGAUAGUGACGCUGCGGCAGCCGUUCGAGGGCCACGAGGCCGUCAAAGAAGCCAUACUGGAGGGCGCCCGGCCCGCUCUCUCGCCCAGGGACGUGCAGUACCCGUGCUGCCUGCUGGAGGCCAUGCGGCGCUGCUGGGCCGGCGCGGCGCCGCUGCGGCCGUCGGCGGCGGCGCUGGUGUCGGCGGCCGCGGCGCCCGAGUUCCCCGCGCUGCUGGACGCCGCCGCCGCCCGCGCCGCCACCUGCGCCGCCGCCGUGCCCGUGCUGCUGCCAGACGAGGAGGGCGGCGGCUGGGAGGUGUGGUACGCCAGCGAGGACGAGCCCGGCCGCGUGCACACGCUGCUGGCCUCGCCCCACCACUUCACGCACCACCAUACCAUCCGGGUGCCGCCAGCGCCGGGCGUGCAGGGCGUGCAGGGCGUGCAGGGCGCGGUGGUGGUGACGGCGCUGUGCCGCGCGGGCGGCCGCGUGUGGCUCGGGGACAGCGCCGCCCGCCUCACCGUCUACUCCGCGUCGACGUGCGCGGCGGUGUGGAGCGCGGCGCUGCCGGAGGCGGUGGGCGGGGCGCCGUCGGCCGUCGCGGCGCUGCUGCCCCUGCAGCGGCUGCAGCGCCUCGCCGUCGCGCUGGCCUGCGGCAGGCUGUUCCUGGUGUCGUGGGAGCGGCCGGCGGCGGAGGGCAGCUUCGUGCUGACGGAGCUGGGCGCCGCCACCGAGCUGCGCUGCCUGGCCGCCGUGCCCACGCCGCACGGCGUGGAGGUGUGGGCGGGCGGGGACGGGCUGCACGCGUACGCGCUGGGCGCGGGCGGCGUGCGCGGCGCCGAGCGGCUGCACGCCGCGCGCGUCGCCAUCCUCGCCGCGCCGCACGACGAGCCCUACGUCCUCGCCUACUGCACGCCCGGCGUGUGCGUGUGGCAGUGGUGCGUGCGUGGACGCGUGCGUGGCGCGCGGCUGGACUGCAGCAAGCUGGCGCCGUGCUCCGAGAGCCUGCAGUCCAUCGCCAUCGACGACCACCUCGCGCUCGAGCGCUGCACGGUGACGGCGAUGUGCGUGUCCCGCGGCCUGGUGUACGUGGGCACGGCGUGGGGCUGCCUCAUCGUGGCCGACGUGGCCGCGCUGCGUCCGCUCACCGUCUUCCGGCCCUACGAGGGCGAGGUGCGCGCGAUAGUGCCGCUGCGGUGGCGCGGCGGCGGCGGCGGCGGCGGCGGCGGCGGCGGCGGCGGCGGCGGCGGCGCGGCGCCGGAGGGCGACAUGCUGGCGACGUUCGGGCGCGGCUACCGGCCGCUGCUGCAGCGGUACGCGCCCACGCCCACGCCCACGCCCACGCCCACGCCGUCAAAUUCCACAAGCAACGCGGGCAACACGUACAGUGGCUUCUACUGCCUGUUGUGGCGGGCGCACCACUGGCUGCCCGACUAAGGCACGCGUCGCACGCCGCCAGGACUAGCGGCUCCACAGCCGCAGCGGACAGGGCGACCAGCUGGUCAGCCUUGCACGCGUCUCGACAAUUUGCAUGACAGUUCGGGACACAUUGUUGGACGGUUGGUAAAAGAAAGAUUGGUCGUGGUCGUGCUGUUGACAUUAAUGCCAUGAAGCAGUUUUGCUCUCAUGGCCAUGUUUGUGGUGGGGUAUGGCAAUGAAGUGGGAUAUGGUACAGAGACGUAACACCAUAGUCCUAAGGAGUUGCAACACAUGAGAGAGACCGUGAUUAUCAGAGUGAUGUUCUGUGAUCCGUUAUUCAUGUGUAUAGGCGACGGUUACCACUUACCAUCAGGUGGGCCAUCAGCUUGUUUGCCAUUCUAAGUUGAAUAAAAAAAAUAUAUUACUCAUGCUUAAUUAUCAUAGACUAAAGAUAUAUUUUUAAUUUUGACUUAACUCUAUAAGAAAGUUAAUUCAUAUUGGUUUACAUAAUAAAUAUUUCGCUGCAAUAUCAAUCAACAAGGGCAUCUAAUGCCCGUCAGAUGAUGUGUGGGCGGGCAAGGUAGGGGCCUCGGGGUAUACCCCACUACCCCGGCUUCGACUCCGGAGGCGACGACCUCCGGGUCGCUGGGUUCUUCAGCCGGCAUACACUGGUGGUCUGUGUAUGCCGGUCGCUGUAUAUCAUACUGAAAUUUUAAUAGAAAUAGGUUAAGAUAGAUGGCGCCACAGAAUCGGCCUCAAUGUUUCGGGUCUUGUACAUAUAGUGGAGAUAGGAAUCUCUUAGUUCGUGACGUUAUAAAAAUAAUAUAAAUUGUGAGAAAAAUUCAAUUAAAUUUAAAAAUUCCUUCCCGUGUGUGUAAGUGUGGUGGAAUGAAUGAGCGAGUGAACGGGUGUUUACGUGAUGUUGGUACACUGCCACAAAUGUCAGGUUGCCACAAGCCACAAGCUAGUGAGCGCGGGUUCUGCGGGUUUAUAAACUGUCCACGAUAACAUGGCGCGCCUCUCCACAAUCUAAAUUAAAAAUGUGCAAGGUUUCUACCAGGGGAUACACCCCCCCCCCCCCCAGAUGAACACGAACAGAGCGCCGCUUCUAUAUACGGGCGCACGCGGUGGUGGGAACAGGUGGAGGAAGGGGGGGGGGGGUGCGUGCCGUGUUAUCGUGGACAAUGUAUACUCAAUUUGUGAAAAUUAAGUUUGUAAAUUAUAUAUAUAUAUAUAAGAAAUUACAUAUUUGAAGAUGGCCCAUUAGUUCCGAUACCACGGUGUCGUUGUGGCGCUGUACGUCGAAAUGAUUAUAUCGAAAUGAUGAUUCAUAGAUAGUAGACUUUUUAAUUGUAAGACUUUUGCGUUGUAUCGUUUAUGGUUUAUCAGUGAUGAGGGGGGGGGGUUAAUUAUUAUUUAAAUAUACUAUUUAUUUAUUAUUUAUUAAUAUAAUUAAUUGACAUCUCUUAUAAACCAAUACAUUUUUUGUAUAUCGUAAAAACAAAGGAACAAUAGCGAACAACAAUACCGACACGAUUCCCUAAUUUGUCGAUCGCAUCACUAGCGCCACCUAUUGGAAUAUAAAGACGAGCGUUUAUCUUUAAAAAAAAAAUAUAUAUAUAUAAUUGUUAACGUACUACAUUGUUGUAGUUAAAUGAAAUAAAAUGCCUUUUUUUGCAUUAAAUGCUAAUUAAAUGAAUUAAAUUAGCGGUAGAUUUAUAAAUUAAUGCAAAAUCUUCAAUAUUGCGUUGUACAAGGUGUAAGGGAUACUAUUAUUGUUUUAGCUUAAAUAUUUUCUUUUUUUUUUUAUACAAUCAUAAGUAUCAGAAAAAGUUUUUUUUUUUAAAUUGUCAGCUAACCUCUUUAAAUAUUGUAUUAGUUUUUUUUUGAUGGGUGAAAAUGGUAUGGUAACCCCGCCUGCGCUAACGGGAUACGCUGGCGGAGCACCAGUGAAGGGUGAUAGAUGAGAAUGAAAACAGGCCAGUUAGCCCAUCAUGAUGAAUUCAUCAGGAAUUAACCAUGAUAGUUGCCAGGGGAACCGCAAGGAGGUCGACCUGGUUGGGUAUAUAGCUAGCAAUGGGAUUCUCAGUCUCCAUUAUUGACAAUCCCUUUCCCCCCACUGUAUUAGUUACGCGUACAGUUCAGAAGGAAGAAAACUAGAUUUUAAAUUGCCUUCAGGAAUACAACUGUGAGAACUGCAUUCAAUUUGGUACAAUAGUUUUUGCGUGAUGUCGAAACAAACAUACAGACAGACAGACAAUCCAUCAUCUUACCCAUUAUCUGUCCACUGCUAAACAUAAGCAUCCGUCUUGGGAGGUUUUGCCAGUAGUUGCCACGCUUGGCAGGCGGAUUGGCAACCGCAGUUAGGUUUUGGUCAUGUUUUAAGAGAGACGCUGCUGCCCAUCCGUCGCCCUCCCUUAGUCUCCUCACACGACACCCACGGUAAAGGAAGGGGUGGCCUAUUCUAUGCCGGGACCACCCGAGAUGUACAGACAUCGUCCAGUUUUUUUUUUUUUUUUGGAGAAUGAAAAUGGAAUGGUAACUCCGCCUGCGCUAACGGUAUAAUCUGGUGGGGCGUCAGUAAGGGAUAGCGAGCCCAUCGUGAUGAAGACACCAGGAAUUCAGCACGAUGGUUUCCAGGACCACGUGCUGGUAGAUUUGGCAGGGUAUAUUGCUAGCAAUGAGGCUGGUCGUCCACACUACAAACAAUGCCUUCUCCCUCUACCGUUUAUGGUGUGAGCGAGAUAGAAAACGCGACAUAUUGGAUUUUGUGUUCCGAGCAUUAUUUCAUUUGAUUAUAAACUUUAUUGCUAUUAAAAUAAAUAUGAAUUUUGUACUCGAAUUAUCGCAAUGUGUAUGUAUAAUGUAAAAGCCAAAUGUUGUGAAACUGUGUCCAUUUUGUUUAAUAAGCUUUCUCUAUUUAUUGUAUUUAUUAUUAAGUUAUCUAAAACCAAAGACUUUGAAUAAAAUAUUACAAACUUUAAA